AUGGCGAAUGGCGCGAGCAUUAUAAUCGGCCUCAUCUUCGUCGUUCUCGCCAGUCUCUGCGCAUGGUUCUUCUCGCCAAAGGGCGAUAAUCAAACUGUCUGGCGGAGCAGCCUCAUCCUCGCUUUUACGGCUUGUUAUCUCAUGUGGGCUAUCACGUUACUUGCCCAGUGGCAUCCUCUGAUUGCACCGAAGAGAGCAGAUAUUCGUCCUGGUAGGGUGCCUGAGUAA